GGGGUGAAUGAGCGCCGGGCUGGGCGGAGCGGCGGGGCUGCGUCCGUGUGCCGGGCCCCCGAGCGCUGCCCGACGGGCCGGGCCGUCCGUGUGCCGGGCCGUCGGCGAGCCGGGCCGUCCGUGCAUCCGCGCCGGUCCCGCCCCAUGGCCACCACAACAAACCCGCCCCGUCCCGCCCGCGCCGUGCGGCUGUUGCGCGGAGCCGCCCCCGGCCGCGGGGGCCGAGCCGGGCCGGGCCGGGCGGCGCUGGCAGCGGGGCCGGGGCGGAUAUGAGGACCGAGAUCUCCACAGCGGCCGCGUUCGUGACCCGCCUCCUGCGGGCCGCCGGCGGGGUCGGCGAGGAGCAGCUGCGGUGCUUCCGCGAGUGCCUGCAGGAGGCGAUGCGCGAGCACUACAAGCACCACUGGUUCCCCCUGGUGCCCUCCAAGGGCUCCGGCUACCGCUGCAUCAGGAUCAACCAUAAGAUGGACCCCUUGAUAGGAAAGGCGGCGGAGAUGAUCGGACUGAGCCACGAGAGGCUCUUCCAGCUCUUACCCAGCGAAUUAACGCUGUGGGUCGACCCCUUCGAAGUGUCCUAUCGCAUAGGUGAAUGGGUCUAUCUGUGUGCUGUACGAAAGCCCCCAGCCUGGAGGGAAGGCGGCCAAACAACUGGAGAGCAGGACCAGCUGCAAGGAGUAGAAGGCAGAUCCAGCCCUUCCAAGAGUUACAACAUGAUGACGGUUUCUAGUUAAAAACAACUCUUCCCUGUACGAUGUUGUAUGUAUCCCGACCUCAUAGUAAAGUUGGAUGUAGCUGAGCUUUUUUUGUUUUUAAUUAUUUUUUCACCCUAUAGUCAUUAAAGUCGUGGUAGUACUGCCAAAUUCUUUGUGGCCAAGGGCUAAAUGUAUAAAGCAGUUCUUUACACUGCAUGUUCCUUUCUGAGCUGUGUCCUGUAAAUGCACUGUACAGUUGGUGGAUUAUUUUACACAUUUAUAUUUUCAAAAAGUUUUGCGUAUUUGUAAUAAAAAGCAAUAUUGUAGCACUGUUUAUGACGGGUUUUAGUCAAAAUUAGUACUUGCUAAAAAAAAUCUGCAAUUUGCAGAGCAAUAACACAAAGAUGGGUGGGAAACAGAUCUAACAUAAAUCCAGUGAUUUGUCUGCACAGACUUCUCUCAGGGUCAUUCAAGUUUGACUGUGAGGCACAAAUCACCAAAAUAACUCUUUAUUUUUUGUUUUUCAAAGCAUGCAUUUAUUUGAGGGCUGGGUUCCAUCACACCCCAAUAUUUUAGCAAAAAGUAGCAGGGAAUUAGUUGUCUUCUUAUUUCUAGCUAUAGGAGUAGAAAAAUAAAGACUUGUUUAAAUGA